UCCGAAAUUAACCCACGUGCCAACACACAGUCAGUGCCUCGGAACAGCUUCGCUGGUGCUCGUCCAGGCUGGUGGGGGAUGGGGUGGUGAGGAGUGAGAGAGAGAGAGAGACGCACACACCAUGGUUUCACUAACUCCGUCAAAGACCUUUCACUUUCACUACUGAGUCAUUGUGGGAUUCCUAAAGAUUCAUCAUCGCUCCCACUCUGAGCAGCUGUCACCCUAGCUGUGUCUGAGGGACAUUAUCCCCGUUGUCCCCCAUCCUUCAGCCGAGGUUUCUCUCUGGUGACAGUACACUCCCCCACCCCACCCUGCUCUGCUGCAGCUCGCCGUGAGGUACAUGACCAUCCCUCGGAGAUUACAGAAUGGCCUCAGCAAGUUGCAGUUACAAAGAGCUGAAGCCUGGCGAUCUGAUUGAGAUAUUCCGGACCGGCUACAGGCACUGGGCGAUAUACGUGGGUAAUGGCUACGUCAUCCACCUGGCUCCGCCAAGCGAGGUGUGCGAAGCAGGAGUGGCCAGCCUGAUGUCGGUAUUCACAGAGAAGGCCUGCAUCCGUAAGGAUCCCCUCGGCCUGGUGGUGGGCUGUGACCGUUACCAGGUCAACAACAUCUUCGACGGCAAGAUGGAGGUGCGGCCCAUCCCGGAGAUCCUCAAGGAGGCGGAGAGCAGGGUCGGGGAGGAGGUCGACUACAGCGUGACCUCCGCCAACUGCGAGCAUUUUGUCACCGACCUCCGCUACGGUGUGGCCCGCUCCUGUCAGGUGGACGAUGUGAUGGUUGCUGCCAAGGCUGCGCUGGGUGUCAUCGCCGUGGGGGCCGUUGCUGGGCUCUGUUACCAACUGGUGAAGAGGAGAGACAGACAGAAGGAGUGAGUGAGUCCCUAGGAGGGGCCGAAUGUCCUGCAGGCUCCCAGACCAGCGGGAGAGACAGGCAGCCGGGGACGGACAGACACACAGACAUCUGCGGGGUGUCCACCAGCCCCUUAUACCCACCCCCUACUCCGCGUCAGCCUGGGGGGGUGGGAGAGGGAGCACAGGGGAGAGUCGGUGUCGGGGGCUGGGAAUUAUCUGGAAUAAUCUGUCGCCGGGCUCUGUCUCUCUCGCUCUCUGUGACCAAUAAAGGCUGUGUGUUUCUGUC